UAUCAGAGUGAGUGUGCGUGCGUGAGCCCGCGCGUGUGUAUACGCGUGUGCGGUAGGAGAGAGAAAGUAGCACGAGCAGAGAAACUUAGGAAUCUUUGAGCUAUUUUCACUAGAGGCUGCAGCUGGACCUGGACCUGGACCUGGACCUAGACCUGGACCUGGAGCUGGCGAGGUGUUCUGAAAGGAAGCGUUGAGCUUUAACGAGGACUAACCUGCUCUUUCUAAACGAUGGGAUUCAUCAGCGCCAUCGGCGUGGUCUUCAUCAUCAUCAUCACCCUCAGUGUUUUUACUCCUGCUUUGGGUGCCAGCAGCUAUUACUGUGAAGACCCGCUGCUGUCAUCACUUCCCUCUGCCUCCUUUCAGAGUUCAUCAAGGUCUCCUGACAGCCAAUCAGCACACAUUGUAAAUCUCCACAGCAGAGAUGGUUCUGGUGGAUGGUCUCCAGACCAUGAGGACCGCCGUCCCUGGCUGCAGUUGGACCUAAGAGAUCGUUUGGAGGUGACAGCAGUGGCCACACAGGGCCGAUGGGGCAGGGCAGACUGGGUGAGCAGCUACCAGCUGCAGUAUAGUGACUCAGGCAGAACAUGGAGAACCUACAGACAAGACAACAUGCCAUGGACAUUUUCAGGGAACACAGACAUGGACUCGGUGGUCCAGCGCAAGCUUCUGCACUCUAUCAGGACUCGAUUUCUACGACUUCUGCCUCUAGAAGGAAAUCCCACAGGAGGAAUAGGACUCAGACUGGAGAUCUAUGGCUGCAGUUACAAGUCAGAUGUGGCAGAUUUUGAUGGGCACAGUGCUCUGCUCUACCGCUUUAAUCAGAAAUCCACAAGCACAGUGAAGAACGUGAUCUCAGUGCGAUUCAGGAGCAGGCAAGCAAACGGUGUUCUGCUGCAUGGAGAGGGCCAGAGAGGAGACUACAUCACCCUGGAGCUCCAGAAAGGAAGACUUACACUACAUCUUAACCUGGAUGAUGCUAAACCCCAGUCCAGCGGUAGACACACUUCUGUGAUGUUAGGCAGUCUUCUUGAUGACCACCUCUGGCAUUCUGUCCUCAUAGAGCGUUUCAACAAGCAGGUGAACUUCACAGUAGACAAAGACACACAGCACUUUCGUACACAAGGUCAGGAGGACUCUCUGGAGGUAGACUAUGAGCUUAGUUUUGGAGGAAUUCCUCUGCCAGGCAAACCUGGUACUUUUUUGCGGGACAAUUUUCACGGCUGCUUGGAGAACCUCUACUACAACGGAGUCAACAUCAUCGACAUGGCCAAAAGACGCAAACCUCAGAUCUACACCGUGGGUAACGUGACUUUCUCAUGCUCUGAUUCGCAGCCAGUGGCUGUAACGUUUUUAAGUGCCACCAAUAGUUUUCUGGUUUUGCCGACCGAUUGGGCAGCAGAAGGUUUGUCCGUACGGCUCCAGUUCCGUACAUGGAAUCAGGACGGUUGUUUGCUUACUGUUCCACUGACUCAGGGCCCGAAGUCAUCAUCUCUCACCCUGCAAUUCAGUAGGGGUUUAUUCCUGCUCACCAUGAGAGGAAUCCCACAAGGCACAGCUCAAAUCAGCACCGAAGGACCAGGUUUGUGUGAUGGACAGUGGCACUCUGUGGCAGUAGAGGUCAAAGGUCAGCAGGUCUAUCUGACUGUGGACAUUCAGAAACCAGUGAUUAUGAAGAUUAUUCAGCUCACCAACAGCUUACAGAGAACAACUGUUAUAUUUGGAGGCUGCCCCGUAUCACACUAUGACCUUGGCUGUGAGAAACCUCACACUGGAUAUCAGGGCUGCCUUCGUCUCAUCUUUAUCAACAACCAACCUAUCGGCCUUAGUAGAACACAACAAGAGAAACAAACGAACUUUAGUGAGCUCAGCUUUGACAUCUGCAGUAUCCGUGACAGAUGUGUACCGAAUUUCUGUGAACACGGUGGAGUUUGCUUCCAGUCUUGGGACCAUUUCUACUGUAACUGCUCUGGAACAGGCUACACGGGCUCGACCUGUCAUAACCCAAUUUACGAGCGAUCGUGUGAAGCCUACAGAAACAAAGCAAGCCCUUCUGGUAUUUUCACCAUUGAUCCUGAUGGCAGCGGGCCCUUGGAUCACACACUAGUGAACUGUACAAAUGCACAGGACAAACUGUGGACAGUUGUAGGCCAUGAUCAUUUACAGCCUGUUAGCGUUCAAGGUUCCACUCCCAGAAGCCCCUAUGUCCUUAUUUUCAACUACUCAAUCUCGCCUUAUCACAUCCGCUCCCUGGUGGCAUCGGCAGAACAUUGCCAGCAGGAAGUGACAUAUCGCUGCAGGAAGUCUCGCCUCUUUGACACCUGGGAUGGCACUCCUUUGUCAUGGUGGCUGGACAGGGACGGUGUUAAGAGGAUGUACUGGGGAGGGUCUCUGCCUGGAGUGCAGCAAUGCUCCUGUAGCCUGGAAGGCAACUGCAGGGACAUGAACUACUUCUGCAACUGUGAUGCUGACCAGGAAACAUGGGUGAAUGAUACUGGCCUGUUGUCUUACAAAGACCAUUUACCGCUUAGCGAGAUCGCCAUCGGAGACACAAACAGAACGGGAUCGCAGGCGCUCUUUCAAAUCGGACCUCUGCGCUGCUCUGGCGAUCGAUUUUUGUGGAACUCUGCCUCCUUUAUUUUGGAGUCCUCAUAUCUGCAUUUCCCUACACUGCAAGCUGAGCUGAGCAUAGACAUCUCCUUUUAUUUCAAGACCGGAGCUCCUUCUGGCCUCUUCCUUGAGAAUGUAGGAGUACAAGACUUCAUCAGGCUGGAGCUGAGCUCUCCAUCAGCAGUCACGUUCACCUUUGACCUCGGUGACGGCCCAGUGGUUCUGGUAGCCAGGUCGCCGAUGGUUCUGAAUGACAGACAGUGGCAUUAUGUACGAGCUGAAAGGAAUGUGAAAGAGGCAUCGCUGCAGGUCGACCUGCUGCCCCUUCAAAUCGCUGAAGCAGCCACUGAAGGACAGCACAGACUCCAGCUUAACAGCCAGCUCUUUGUUGGAGGAGCACCGACCACUCAGAGGGGCUUCAUAGGGUGCCUCCGUGCACUUAGCAUCAAUGGGAUGACCUUUGACCUUCAUGAACGUGCUAAGAUGACUCCCGGCAUGAACUCAGGUUGCCCGGGUCACUGCAGCAGUGAGAGCUUAUGUCAUAAUGGAGGAAGGUGUUUGGAGAACAGGAACAGCUACAUAUGCGACUGCACACACACAGCAUUCACAGGAGCCAACUGCAAAACAGCUAUCUCUGCAUCCUUUGAGAGAGGGACGUCUGUAACGUAUGCCCUUCAGGAGCCAUUUGCCGUAAUGAGGAACCAGGAUCCAAAACAACUGCUAAGGAACAAACACUCAGACAUGGUUAGAUCCCGGGAAAACGUGGCAUUCGGGUUCCUAACAAAACACACACCAGCUUUGCUCUUGUCUGCUCAGUCCUAUGACCAGCGCUACAUGGCAGUUACCCUGACCCAAAAUGGCAGCUUGCAGAUCUGGUACAGGCUGAACCAGGAGACAGGUCCAGACAAGUUCAGUCUUAAACCUGCCAAUCUAGCUGACGGACGGUUCCACUGGGUCAGAAUAAAUCGUGAUGGAAAUCAUCUUCAUGUCCAGAUCGAUAACACAGUGAUGCAGCAGUACAGUCUGUCUCCUGGCUCUGCUCUUGCUCCAGUCAGGAUUUUAACUCUGGGGAGAAUCCGAGGAAGUGACAUCACUGAUGAGGAAGUGGUGCGUGUAGGACUAAGAGGAUUUGUCGGCUGCCUGUCUUCUGUCCAGUUUAAUCAAGCUGCCCCUUUAAAAGCAGCGCUCCAAAACAGAGGCAGUUCAGCAGUCAGUGUUCAUGGCCGGCUGGAGGAUUCAAACUGUGGGGCUAAAUCAAGCAUAGACACUCACAUAAUCACCCACACAGGCUCAGGAGAUGAAUCAUCAAAAUCAGACCGAGAUCAAGCUCCUCUGACAAAGAGUGCACAGAGUGACUCAGCACUAAUUGGAGGAGUCGUGGCUGCCAUCGUGUUUACGACGCUGUGUGUGUUGGCUGUGUUGAUCCGCUUCCUUUACCAACACAGGGAACCCCAACCUCUGCCUGCCGUCUCCAUAAAGAGUAAAAAACCCAGCUUGGAUUUGGAACCUUCCAAACCGAACCACGUCGGCAAGGAGUACUUCAUCUGACAGGAGUUGCUUCUGUUGCAUUAGCUACAGAAAUAAGAAUAUUAUUAUAAGCUGUGCACACGAGCGCCCGACCCAAACCUUCUGACUCUUCUGUGCCAUCUUUUACUUCAGGCCUCCUCUCCUGUCUGACACAGCUGCUGAGUUCUGAUCCAAGCUGGACAGGAAGUCAGGGUCAGUACGGACUCCAGUUUACACUUCUGUGGAACAAGAAACUAUUUGAUUAAAAAAUGAUGAGGAAAUAAUCCGAACUUGUGUGACAUACUGUGUGCUGUUUGAUAACAGUGAGAGACUCUAACACAGCACCUUGUACACACAAGUCUCAAGUAAAAAGCCCAAGACAGGAAACAUGCUGGUCUGCUUAAUCCAACCCUGUUACACUCAGCACAGGCUUUGUGUUUUGUUGCUUACUCAACUGAAUGUGCUCUGAUAUCACUGAGAAGGAAACGUCUCAGCUUUUUUCAUAAUGUGGAAAAAUCCCUGUCUCUUUUCAUGUCAGAAAAUAUCUGUGAUGAGGAUUUGACAAAAUCAGACAAUCAGAUCAAACAAGAGACAAAACGGUAAACAAAAGCGGAUUAGCGCUGGCAUUUAGUCAGCACUAGCAAAAGUUCAAUGGUGAAAGCUUUGUGUGUGUCCGCGGCUGUAUGUCAGAAACGUUCACCCGAUAAUGCAGCUAAAUCCGUUACUAAGAAUCCGCCGAGUCUACAGAAAGGUCUAGAAUGAAGUGCAUUAUAUUACCUGUCAUGAGACAACACCAUGCUUUCUUACUGAAAUCCAUUUCUUUUGGUCAGGGGUUCAGUUUUCUAUAUGGCUAUUGUUGUAUAUGACCGUUUAUCUAUUUCAGAAAUAUAUUUAAUAAAAAGAGCUGUUUUUAUAGCCUCUAAGAGUACACAAUGCCCUUUUCUCUGAGAAAUGAGAAAUUUUAGAGGUUUUUUAUUUAUUUUUUUUUUAUUAGUCUCAGGUGACCUUAGUGAAAUGUGCAAACACCCACAGAGAGCGUAUUUGUUUUAGAGCUUCUCCACCAGACAGUGUCAUGGCUCUGUAACUAAUCCAGACUUGCCAUCUAUCUCUGGUGGUUUGAGUUUGUGGUGUUAUUCAGUUCCUCAUGCUGCGUUCACACAUACUAUGAAUAACAGAGACGAAUAAUGAGAGCUUUGGACUCCCAGGUGACGGAAGUGGGCGUGUCCAGAAAUCAGAUAAAUUUCAUAAAACUUAUACUUUAUAUAAAUGUGGAGUGACGUAAUGCUCCACUGAUGGCAGUUAAGACACUAGAGCACACGUAAACCGUGACGAAGAUCACACCUUCAUCUCGUUUGUGAUGCACAUAAACGCUGCUGGAUUUUACACACAAACUCCAAAUCUCACUCCAGAAUGUUUCAUUUUAGUGUCACAAAAACUAAUUUAUAAUUUUAGUUGCUCCGCCCACUAAUAAACAUCAUUACUAUGGAAACCAUUAAUGGGAACACCUACUAACGACUUGAUAAUGCAGCAGCUGAAGCCUUGCAGUGAUAAAAAUCACCAUGUGUGUGAACGUAGUUUUACACUUCACAAGCAGGGUGUACAGGAAGUAGAGCAAGAGACGUACAUUUACUACUGUACUUUGUCCAUGUUGAUAUAUUAAAGCAUCAGGACCAUCAUGCAGUAUUUAUUCAUCAGCAACACAUUUUCCCUUCACUGGAACUUAGAGGCCCAACACUGUCCCAGCAUGACAAAGUUUCCUGCACAGAUCACUGACCUUAAACCCUCUGAACACCCUGCGAUGGAAGUGAACAGCCUCAGAGGAAUAAUCCGCUAGAUUUUGACAAUGGGGAUUUGUACUAAACUGGCAAAAUUAAUUAAAAAAUAUGAAGCGAGGAUGAUUAUAAUGUUGUUGAAAAUAUUCGAUUUGCUGUGAAAUGCUCAAAAAUCCCAAGCAACCUAAAAAAAUCACUAAAGUAGAAUUGUCAUUAUUAUAGAAAAAGACAAGAACAAAAACUAAAAGAAGACUUUGAAAGAUGAAUAGGAUUCUAAAUGAAUGAUGUUGCCUCAUGCCUAUGAUAAGAGAUGUUUGACAGGAUGUCAUCACACUACUGCUAAAAAAACUAGGAAAUGGUCAAGAAGUUCUAUUAGUGAGAAUAAAACAAAACUCAGCCUGGAGCUUCAAGUAUGAUGAUCAGAAAAAAAAGGGAUUUUUUCUAAUAACAGUACAUGAAGAAUCCUGCACUAAUAACUGAAAUUAAUCCUGAAUCAGUAAUGAACUAAUGAUGAGUUAAAGCAUGAGUCCUCUGCUCAGGGGUGUUUGCCCUGCCCUAGCCUUAGUGCCUUCCUGCCUCUCACACCUGUUCCUUAUGUCUCUCUGAUUAGUUUUUAUUUGAGUCCUUGUGUCUUUUGUCUCCCGAUUUUGUUCCUCUUUUUUGGGUGAACGUUUUUUUAGUUUUCAUGUUUGUAUUGUUUCCAAACUUCUGUUGUUUUAAAUAAAUCCCUUCGUUUUGUCGCAUGCAUUGGGCUCUGGAGCAGAGGUGGGAGUAAGUCACACAUGUGCAAGUCUCAAGUAAGUCUCAAGUCAUGAAUGUCAAGUCAAAGUCGAGUCAAGUCUUUUUUUAAUAUUUGUCAAGCAAGUCUCACGUCUCAAACUUUGCGACUUAAGUCUGACUCGAGUCAAGUCAUAUGACAUCGAGUCCCCCAUCUUUGGUCUGGAGGGUCAGAGGAGGCAUCUGUUUUUAAAAGAUCUAACCUUAACUACGGCAUAAGGCGUAUAACGUAUGAAUAACGACCACCUUAAAUACGUCUCAGUUCAUGUUCGUUACACAGCAGUAAACUACAUCAAACAUUCUAAGACUCAAAGACCAGAAAAUAAUCUUCUAGAUCUCUGGAUUUUUUGGGGUCCAAAGGUCAGAGAUCAUGUUGAACAUUUUUUAAUGAAUUUUUUAAAUAUUUAAAAUAAAGAUUAAAAGGUUAGCAUGUUAACUGCUUUGUUCAAAUUCAUAUUAUCUUCGUUCCUAAUCUCUGUGCUGUUGAAGUUUGUGAUCGUAACGAGACUCCGAUGGAUUCAAUCUAAAGGUUCUGCACAAACUUCUGAAGU